ACGAUAUGGAUGACAGUAUUCAAUCUCCUUCUUCUUAUGGCACACCCCAUUUUUCACGCAUCAAAUCAUUCUUCAACAGCUACAAUCGUAAAGAAAGUUAUUCGAUUUCGAAUUGUUCCACCGUCGUAGCCUUUGGACUACCCAAUGAUUUUGGAGAGAUCCAAGCCGACACAAAGCACAGCAGUUGGUUCUCCAGUAUGACCAAGACACCAGCCACAGCAGCAGCAGCAACAGCACCAGUAACAACAAAGGAAACCUACGGAUCCAAUCAUCCUAAAUCCAUCCAUCGUCGAUCGUACGCCGCCAACAGUGUCAAAAUUCGACAAGUGCAGGUGGGACCUGGCAGUUUUUCCAAGGUUCGAAUGUUGGGCAAAGGUGAUGUGGGUAAAGUCUACCUGGUCAAGCAAAAGGGCACAGAUAAAACUAUGGCGAUGAAAGUGCUUUCGAAAAAAGAAAUGCUGAGACGAAAUAAGGUCAAGCGAGUGCUGGCAGAGCAAGAGAUCCUGUCCAGUGCCAAUCAUCCAUUCAUUGUUUCCUUGUAUCAUUCGUUCCAGAGCAAGGAUCAUUUGUAUUUUGUCAUGGAGUAUUGUCUAGGUGGCGAAUUCUUUCGUGCUCUGCAAUCAAGACCUGGCAAAUGUCUGACAGAGGAUGGCGCUAAAUUCUAUGCCGCAGAAGUCAUUGCUGCGCUUGAAUAUCUUCAUUUGCAUGGAUUCAUCUAUCGAGAUUUAAAACCAGAAAACAUAUUACUGCAUCAAACAGGUCACCUCAUGCUGACGGAUUUCGAUCUCUCGAAACAGUCUUUUCCACCUGGUCCACCGGCUAUUGUCAAAUCAAAUUCGCCUCACAUUCCACCUUCAAUUGAUACCAGGACGUGUAUCGCCCAAUUAAGAACCAACAGCUUUGUUGGCACAGAAGAAUACAUCGCACCUGAAGUCAUACGGGGAUGGGGACACACCAGUGGAGUAGAUUGGUGGACACUUGGAAUUCUAAUUUACGAAAUGCUCUAUGGCACUACACCUUUCAAGGGGCAGAACCGAAACGAGACGUUUUCCAACAUUAUCAAGUAUGAUAUUCCGUUUCCACCCGUAGCAGAGACGAAACCGACAGUGGCACCGCAGGCGGUAUCCAACGCAUGUAAAUCUUUAAUACGACGCUUGUUAGAGAAACAAGAGAAUAAGCGUUUGGGCUCAAAAGCAGGAGCUUCGGAAGUGAAGGCACAUCCCUUCUUCAAGUCACUUAAAUUUGCUUUAUUACGACAUAUGACCCCGCCCAUUGUACCCCGUUUGGCCGACCAGAGUCAGCAGCACUAUCGUGGCAAGGACAGCAUGAGUCUGGAUCUUGACCGCGAUGAAUCCAUUCUGAUCUCAAAGCAUCAGCAAGACCCUUUCUACAGGUUUAACUCAGUGACACUGUACCACGAAGGAGACUCUGAUUCUGAAACAAUCGCACUCAGUGAUAGCGAGGAAGAUGAGAAAAAUUUCUCUUAA